AUGGUGAAUGCUUGUUUGGACCAAAACCCAUUUUUUGUAAUAGUUAUUUUCUUCGGUUUCUCCGUCGAUUCAUCUAGUGGGUCAAACAUUUUUCUUUGUAUCUCAGAUCUGGAAGAAACAUUCGUACUUUUCAAAUCCUGUGACAUUCAAUCGGCAAUAACUGUAACAAAGCUUGGAGAGCAUUCUAAAUCUGCAAUUGAAGUUAAAAGAUCAAGCGAAAACACCUAUAGAUAUUUUCAUUCCAAUGUGAAGCAAAAUUUAAAACAAACUUCCACUUUUGUCAAUCACGCCGCAAAUGCUUGGCACGAGAAUAGAAAAAAGUGGGUCGGCGAUAAGUCUCAGAAUUCCCCAAGAACGCCUAAGGAUCCAAUUAUUAGCUGGUCGACAUCAUAUGAAGAUCUGCUUUCUACUGGCGAACCUUUUGCGGAGCGCAUACCAUUGCCUGAGAUGGUAGAUUUCUUAGUUGAUAUUUGGCUUGAUGAAGAAGGCUCCUUUGACUAA